GAGUGAGGGUGAGAGGAGGGAGUUCCUCCCAGCUCCUACAUCUGAGCCACACUCGCUCCGGUUAAGAUGCCUGAAUGCUCUGAGCUGCAGAUGCGUGCUGGUGUCGCUCACUAAAGAGGGAAGGGAACAGCAAGUUGGACAGGAGGGGUGUGAAGGAUGGGAUAGAGGGGGCACCAGGGGAUGGACUGAGCCGGGCUCUGCUGGGACAUGGGCAGGGGCCGGCUGUCGCGGGGGUCCCUGCUGCUUCUGGGGGCUCUGCUCACAGCCGCGUGCGUGUGCCUUCACGUCUACCUGGACCCGGACUGGAGGGAGGCCCCCGCGCGGCCCGGCCGCAGCCGGGUCCACCGGGCCGGAACCAGGCCGGCGUCUGCAGAGGCGGCGGGGGUCUCCGGCGUUCGAGAGAUCCCGGCGAGGGGGAGGGAGAGAGAGAGGGGGGCCUCGUCCCCGUGCUGCGCUCACAGAAGGUCUCGGUGGCAUAUAAGGCUGGAGCCCUGGGCGGCCGAGAGUCGCUCCCUGGAGCAUGAAGCUAAAAGGUUUCUCACCUACAUCACGACCCCACAACUGUUGUGCUCAUCGUCGGCUGGUAAAGCUGCUCAAGGCGGAUCCAAGGGUGCCUGGGAUGUGUGCCUCGACCCAAAGUACAGCCUGAGUCACAGGAUGGAGAGCAAACACUGCAGAGUCUACUCAUUCGGGCUGGGGAUUGACGACCGCUCCCUGGAGCGCUUCCUCGCCAGGUCAGGGUGCGAGGUCCACUGUUUCAAUCCCAGCCUGAAGCUGCCCCACCUGCAGCAAGGUGAGAUGUGGCUCCACCGGCUCUCCAUAGACUGGAGGGAUCCGAACCCGGCUGUCGCCGCUCAGCGCCAGUACGUCAUCACCAAGAAACUGGCCGCCAUCCUGAACGACUUUGGGCACAGACAGGUGGAUGUGCUGAAGGCAGACGUUGAGAGUGCAGAGUGGAAGAUUCUGGAGAACUUAAUCUUGGAAGGAGUUCUGGACUCCGUCGGCCAGCUGCUCCUGGAGCUUCACCUGCACUGGCCGGGCUUCGAGGUGGCUGGGGACGACCCGUCUGUGGUGCGGUACUGGUUCAGCCUGCUGAAGGAGCUGGAACGGGCCAACUUCCGCCUGUUCCAUGUCUACAGUGACCCGGGGAGGCCGCACCUCUUCCUGCAUAAGAAUGUCUUCAACGCAAGCAGCGCUUACACCUUAAGCUGGGUGAAGGUCGACUGGACGCCUUGAGGUCUAGGGCAGGAUUAUUCUUACUGACCUGACCUUUCAAACAAACAAAACCCCCGCCCUUACUGGUCCUCUUCCACCUUUGGCCUAUAAUUACCUCAGUUGUGCAGAAGAGCAGUACCUGCCUCCAGAGGCGCUCUGUCUACUACCUCAUAUCCAUAUCCACUGUGCUCUGAAUCACAGUCAGCCCCCCAAUCAUGGUCUGUCUGAGACCAGUGCAGAGUCAGAUGGUUUUCUUUUCAUAUAACAUGGCCUUUUCUACACUAGUCUGCAAAGCCUCCAAAAUAGUGCCUGAAUUACAGAAAACGGAUACGGAAUAUUAAAACAGUGGGUAAAAACAGUGAGAGGCCACGACUAAAGCAGGACGUAGAAAGCAUGAAAGAGGAUGGAGUUGUCGUCUCAAAGGCAGCAGAUGGAUCUUGGUGUUCCUUACCCAUAAUGCUAAAAUACAUCAAAUGUUUUAAUAAAAUAUAGCAAAAUAAUGUAAAAAGUUGUCUUUUCGUUUCAUCGUUUAUCUUGCAAGCCCCCCCCCAUGAAAUCAAUGCUUUAGUUUCUUAAAAAAAGGUGAAAUGUACAGAAUGUUUAUUUCCAUAAAGGGAUGGUCAAACAACUGAAAAAGAAAGAUUUUACCACAAAAUGUGUACUACAGUGAACACUGGAGGUUAAAACAAUGUCUGUCAAAUGAGCUUUUUGCAGUAGAAGCAAUUUUAAAAGUCUUAAUUUUUUUGUACAAACAUUAUGGAGUACAUAAUCGGGCAUAACGAGAUACAAAAAUACACUGCUACUAUAAGACUGGAUACCAGUCUUGUGGCAAAAACCAUGCCAAAAAUUAAUCUAAAUCAAUAGGACAAUUAGAUUCCCGUCUCAGAACCCCCUUACCCCAACACACAAGACUGGAUCUAAUCCCAGAGUUUGAUCUGUCCAUCCCAUCCGCAAGUGAUGACCUUGGACGUUUCGUGUGGAUGCCACAGGGCGCUGAUGCAAACCUUGUCAUGAGCCUUGAUCCUGUGGUACAGCUUGGUGGUUUUCCAGUCCCAGAUGUUCAGCUUUCCAUCUGCAUCUCCUGAGACCACGUAGCUGAAAGAAGGAGAAAUGAGAGAAGGGAAGUGAGAAUAGCGCUUUCUUAUAAAUGACUUCUCCUUGGUUGUAGAGGCAAAAAUGUUGGCAACUGAUGAAUUAAUAUGAGUCAAAGUUGUCUUUCUGUUGGUUUAUUCUUGUGCGAGUGUAGUUCUGAAACCUCUUUCUCUCUCUGUGCCUCUCUUAAUAUCUCCAUUGUUGCUAAGGAGUCAAAAUGUAAAAUCUCAGUGAAACGUGUAACAUAAAAAGAAGAGUGUUUAUAGAUUUGAUCAUUUUAUGCUGAAUGCAAUGCUUCAUAACACAUCGAACAAACAACACUACUCAUUGGUUCUAUCACAAUAGAAAAUACUUUCACAUACAUGAAAUUUCCAUUACAUUGGCGUAAACAACACACUUACCUCAUGUCUGGGGAAAAGUCCACUUGACAGGCGUAGCCAGCCACCAUGUGGCCUUUAAAAAUCUUCUUCUUGUUCAGUCUGAAGCGGUUUUGGGCUCCAAAGAUCAGAAUUUGGUUGUCCAUAGACUGGCAGGCGAGCCAUUUACCUGGUGUAGGAAGAGACAAGCAGCAAGAGAACUUCAAAGGUCAUUGGUAUCUACACAGAGCCUCAGUAUAAUUACGUACAUAUAUUACACAAAGGCUAUUUUAAACAUAUUUAGUAUCAUUUUUACACUAGGUCUUAGAAGUUGUUUUAACAGGUUUGGAAAUGCCCGCUGGCCUGUUAAUCUGCCUCAUUAAGAUGCUUCUGUCCAGCCAAAUGUUUAACAAGCAGCCACUAAUAUUUGAUGACGUAUCAUGAUGCUACCUGCUAUUAAAACUGGCAGUGAAAACUACAAGUCCAGUCUAGUGGAAGCUCAAGACGAGCCAAAUUCAUUUUAAGAGCAGCAGCUAAAUGAUAAUAGGUGGAAAUAUGCCUCAAGGACAAAACUCAAAUUUGAGUUUUACACUACUCUGCCAUGAAGACCAUGAAAGCAGUCUGCUGUUGAAGACAAAUUAGAAGAAGAAAAACGAGGAGUCUUUUCACGAGUGACUGCUCCCUUGAGAUCUACUUUACAGAGCAUUAUAAGUCCUGACAAAAAGGCAGCCUCAAAGUCAACGCAUUACUCAAUUCAGUGCACUUCCUAAACGGAAACAUGUUAGAAGUUAUUAUUUGGUAUGAGAAAGACAUCUGGUGUUGGUGUGAGUGCUCUUAAACCUAAAUGACACCAUUAUGUAUAGCUAUUACAUGAAGUCGGUGCAGGAGAAGGGACAAGUUGGUCAAUUUUACCACAGGGCUCAAGUUCUCUGUUUUAUUAAGAUGGCAGAGGAAACGAAAAGGUUUUCAAUAUGUUGCCAGGGGUCCAUUAAGGCCUAUAGAAAAACUUAAUGAUCUCCCAUUGAGAACACAUUUGUUAUUCAGCCAAACAUAUGAAUGGUGCCCAAAGCGAUUAAGAGCAUGAACAUGAACAUUUGAUAUAUUAAGGUAGAUUGAGUGUCUACAAUAUUACUAUAUAAAGUACACAUCACAGGCUAUUCUUCCUCUCUGAUGCACACGGGUGUUAAUUAGCUGCUGCGCGUCCAGCAGUCUUCACGCUCACUGCCCUAUUUAACCGCUGCUUCAUUUUUAGUAAGCUUUAGGUUCAUUUACCCCCAGAGACCUCUGAGCUGCAUGCUUGACUGGCCGUGUGUGUUGUGUACCAUGAUGUGACUACUCACCAUUGGGAGAGAGUGUCACAGCUGGCAUGGAGUGCAUACUGGGCUCAGCAAUGUACUUGAAGUCCACAGGGAUGUCCCUGAAAAAAGGACAACGAUAUUAUAUAAAAAUAUACCAGAGGAGGAUGAUGACAACCUGAGCAGCCACUCAGGUAAAAUGUAAACGCUGUAGUCUGGUCACCAGCUUGUAAAGAAAACACACAACACAGCUAGUGCAUGUAAAUAACUUCUGAUGGACUGCAGGCUGUACUGCCAACAGACUAUUAGUAUUGUGUGUCUGCCAAGUUGAGACAAUGCCAAUAUCUGCUUUUUUAUGCUGACCUUUGAAACUUCACGCAAACUAAGUGAACGAGUGCUGUUAAUAAGUUUUCAUUUAGUAAGUGUCUAAACUAAAGUUUGCCCUUUCUCUGACUUCAUAUAAACAAUAAUAGGCUUUGAAGACAAGAGUCAUGAGAAGUCUGACACCAGAGUCCCAAUUAAAUGGGCUUCAAAUAUCUUCAAGGAUAUGAUUUUUACAAUGAGUUUUGUUGUCGGCUAAGAUAGAGAACAAAACAUAUGACAAUCCAGGAAACGCAUCAGAUAUUUUACAUGAACUUGCAUUGCAACAAUGUCUGCAGUGAGAUUAAUAUUCUGUAACAAGCCUGCAAAAAUAAAACAGAAGGAAAUGAAA